ACAACAUUUCUGUCACUAUAAUUUAUCACUAUCAACUUUGUGUUGUUAAAAUAUGUAUAUUCUUUCUAUUUAUUUUUUGUUGGCAUUGUCCAAAUUUAACUAAAUAUAUAUAAAAAACUAUAGAUUUAGAAGUAUUAAAUAUUAAUUAUAAUACAUUAAUUAUUAAUAAAUCACAGCUUUAUCGAAUGAAUCAAUAAAGUGUCAACAAACGAGAAAUCAAAACUAAUUCUACAGACAAUUCUAAAAAUAAAAAAUAGCCACAAUGGACGAAGCUACUGGGAUACAUCACAGACCAUCAAUAAAUAUACAUCCGCCAACUCCUGCAGGACUAGAGAGUCUAUAUACACUCUGUAGAAAGAUUUAUCCUGACCAAGUAAAUCCUUUACAAGUUACAGCAUUAUUAAAAUUUUGGCUUGGGGGCCCCGAUCCUCUUGAUUAUAUUUCUAUGUAUGCUAAUCCAGGUAUACCACAUGAAAAUAUUCCUCCUCAUUGGCAUUAUAUUAGUUUCGGUUUAUCGGAUCUACAUGGGGAUGGAAGAGUCCAUGAUGUUUCUGGUCCUGACUCGAUAUCAGGAUUUGGUUUUGAGUUAACUUUUAGGUUGAAGAGAGAACCAACAGAAACUGCACCUCCUACCUGGCCAGCUACUUUAAUGCAGUCAUUAGCAAAAUAUGUAUUUCAGUCAGGUAAUGCUCUUUGUGCUGGUGACCAUGUAUCUUGGCAUUGUGCUUUGGACAAUAGUGAAUCCAGAAUACAACAUAUGUUAAUGACAACUGAUUUACAACUAAAAACAGUACAUACUCCUUUUGGAGCUGUAAGUUUCAUUCAGAUUGUUGGAAUAUGUGCAGAAGAACUUAAAGCUGCCCAGCAAUGGAACGGUGCUGGAAUUUUGGACAUGAUAUCUAGGAUACCAGUGACUGGAGGACCAUGGCACAUUACAGAUAUGAGAAGGGGUGAAAGUAUAUUUGAAAUUGAUCUAAAUGCACACGAAGAAGUUAAAAGAGGCUUUGAGUUAGAUGGUUCAAAUCUAAGUGGGGUCAGUGCUAGAUGCUCUUGGAUGGAACAGGAUCCAUCUAAAUUGGAUAUUCAGCUACAAGAUUCACAUGGCGAGUUAAAUGAUGAAUUGAGAUUGAAGUCAUCGUUACAAGGUCAUUUAGGCGAAUCUGCUGAAUUAAUACAUAUAAAAAAAUUGGAAGGUGUUCAUUUAGUUUUCAAUUUAGAAGCAGGCAGCUUAUUACCUUUAGCUAUUAGGGGUCGUGUUAAACACGGUCGACAUUUUACAUUUAAAUCGAUUUUGGGCGACACUGUAAUUACUUUAGUAGCACAUUCUGUAACCGAAACAUUAGUAGAUGCCGACAAUCCAUAUGUUUCGAAAGGUUCUUGGCUGCAAGUGCUAAUUACAGAUGAUUUGGCACAAGAUAUGGCAAUCACUUUCCAGGUGCUAGCCAAUCCAGAAGCAUUAUCAUUGCCUAAAACAUUUUCCUGGCCCGACAGACGAUUAUCUAUUACUAUUGUUGCCGAUAAAAUCCUUUAGGGCAAUUAUUCUGUGCCUUCCGAAUCAAGAGACUGAGCAAUUUGUAUUUUCUUAAUAUUUAUCUAUUUAUAAGAUUUGUAAAAAAGCUUUAAAAAAUAUUUAUGAUUUUAACAAAUAUAAUUACUAAUAUGUUUUAUUGUCUAUGAUUUUUAAAUAAAAUCGCCAAGUUAGUUACAAUU